AUGCCGUCUGACCGAACGAAAUUCCAGUAUAAUCACUCCAUCGGCAAGGAGACUAUUCGCCUUGUACGCAUCCUAAGCCGCCGGGAUACUGAGGAUGAUCCCUUGCGACUUGCACUCGAGGAACAUGCCAUCACCGACCUCCCAGCAUACCGAGCUCUGUCUUACACCUGGGGGUCUCCUAUAUCUGACACGUCUUCAGAGAAUGACUUGGUGACGAUCCUCCUCGAGAAUCAUGACUUCGAUGUAUUCCCAAACUUGCAUGAUGCGUUGCUCUGGAUCAGAGCCCACGGGUCAUGCGACUUAUACUGGAUCGACGCCAUCAGCAUCAAUCAGACCGACAAUGUCGAGCGGAGUGUACAAGUCAGUAUAAUGGACCAUAUCUACAAAUUGGCCGCCCAAGUCGACGUAUGGCUUGGCACUGUGUCCGAAGAGCACCAUCCGGUCGAGGUUUCCCAGUUGAUUCGGAAAAUGGCUGCCAACGCCCAGAAGAAAAUCGGGUUCAAGCGAGGAAACCACGUUUUCGACCACGAUGCCCUACGGCGAUACGGUUUGCAAGACAUACCUGAUGCCGUAUGGUAUGCAUUCGUCGCCUUCUUCGACCGCAAGUGGUUCAACCGCGUUUGGGUCGUCCAGGAAGUGGCCUUGUCCAAAGAUGCGUGUGUGCUCUGGGGUGAAGAUGUCAUCCCUUGGCAGACGGUGGCUCUCUGCUCGGAUUUUUUGUUUGACAGUCGUCUCUACGAACAGCUUUCCGAGAUCUUAUACGACAACAACCCCACAAUCAAGGACGCCCACGUUGGCAGCAAUUCCGCGGGAAUCGUCGCGAUCCAGAGAUGUCGCCACGACACACUUGCCGGUUGGGAAAGCGUGACACUUGAUCACAUCACUGGCGCGUCAGGCAACUCGGCCGGGAGUGGCAUACUUAAAACGGGAGGGGCACUGCUCUUUCUCAUGCUCCGCCUCACCAUCGGAGUCGAAGCGAGCGAUCCCAGAGACCAGGUCUUCGGCCUUCUCGGUAUUCUCAACCUGCUCCUUGAUACCAGCGGCCGCCCGAGGACGGGCCUGGAGCCUGACUACUGCAAACACUCGACUGCCGUCACAGUGUACACCGAAACGGCCAUGUUCAUCAUGGAAGAGUGCGGCAACCUUGCGUUGCUAACGGCAGUGGCCGACGAUGCGGACAAGCAGCUUGAGGGGCUGCCAUCAUGGGUGCCAGAUUUCUCGGCACACGGGCCCUCGAUGUUUCUGGCGAUGCGGUGGCCGGCCGGCGUGCGUUACUUUGACGCAUGCCGCUCCGCCCGGGCGGACUACCGCAUUGUCGACGACAAACUCCUCCACGUCAAAGGUUUCUGCGUGGGCACGGUUUCCCUACUGGGAACGGUGUACUCGGAGCUUGCUACAAAGGGGAGCUUCGCGCAGUGGGCUGACUUCAUGCUGCAAUGCGACCCGGUAUACAAACCGACUGGGCAGUGCCGUGUGGAGGCGUUCUGGCGGACAUUGAUCGCCGACCGAGACGGAUUCAAGCACCCGGCCCCGGAAACCUACAAAAGGCGUUCCACCAUUGGAUAA